AUGAUUCUGGCCAGUUACACUACUUUUAGCAUGUGUAUACUUGGGUCUUAAACUUAAUAAAGACCUUUGAGGAACAAUGUGACGAAAAUUUAAUAGGUAUUUCAAACUUGGAAAGACGCAAUUUACAAGUAAUAAAUGAUAAAUCUUAUAGUAAAAUAUAAGCUUAAAAGUUGUAUAAUGUUUUGUAUUUUCACAGGAGUAGUCACCUAUCAAAGGAGCAUCCAAGGAGAAUAUAUAAUAUAAACAUCGUAGGUAAAUUAGGAUAGGUAUUGAAAUAAAGUUUCCAUCAAUUUAGUUUAUUUUUAAGAAGAAUUUUUUAUUACACAAAAUGUAGUUUUAUAUAAUUUAAAUUAAAUUGCUGUAACAAGAACUCUAAACAUUAACUGAUUUGCAGAACUACCAAGGUGUUAAAUCUUGACAGAAAGUUUUUAAAGCGGAUAACAGUAUUAGAAGCAAAUUCUUUUAAUACAUUUUGUCAAUAAUCAUUAAAAUGGCAAUAAUCGUUUUUGUUUCAUUCUUCAUUCAGUCUCAUCAAUCAUAUCAAUUUUUCAGGAUCCUAUGAUUCUUUUUCAUAAUAUACAUGUACCAACCCAAUUAAAUAGAGGUUAUCUACUAUUUUAUUUUUUUUGAAAAAUAACAUUAUGAUCCAUUUUAUAUUGUUGCCUUUCAAGUUUUAAUACUUCCGAUUAAAGACAACUCAUAGAAUUAUAUGCAGUUAAACAAAAUUUGAUUUUUUAAUAAUGGAACAAUUUGCUAAUUUUCUAACCUUUCUUAAAUUCUUUUAGCAAGAGAUUCUAAAAAAGACAAUAAUACUUGGCCAUAUUUUAUCUUCUAAAAACAGAAAUGAAGUAAUAAUUGCUAAAUAUUUUGGAUUUAUUCAUAAAUCAUUUUUCUUAUAUAAUAUGAAAUUUUUCUAUAUUUUAUUAGGGUGCUUCAUUACCUAAUUAAAUUCAAAGUGCAAUGAAUUAUAAACACAACCUUAUAUUACUUGUUAAUCAUUCACAUAAAAUUGUUAUAUUUUAGAAGGAGAUGUGGAAGAUUAUUACGAACUUCAGCAAGUCAAUUAUCAAAUUGUAGAAGAGUCAUUCUAAAUUCCAUACUAACAAGAGCCAAUUUUAAUAAGAGUCAUCAAUUCCUUGAAUCAAAAUAAAAUACAAGAAAAGUUAAUUUGCUUCUUGUUGGUUAACCUCGAGUAUUAUAUCACUUGUAUGGGCUUUGAUUUAAUUUUUUAUGAGAGAUAAACUGAUUAUAGUGAAUUAAUUAGAAUAGAUACUAAAAUAUUAGCUAACGAACUCUGUGAUGAAUUAUAUACAAAUGAAGAUGGUAGUAUGAGUUUAUUUUGUCUCAGUUAAUCUUCUCUAAAAUAAUAUUCUUUGAAUUUCAAAAGGGAUGUGACAUUAAUUUAGGAGUAUAAGGUGUCAGAACAAAGAUAGGAUUAAUGCAAAAAAUAAUAGAUUAAGUGGAAAGAAAAUUAUUAUAUAAUCGCUUUUUAUCAAUGCUCUAGAUGGAAACUUAUGGUAAUAGAAAACAAUGAUGUUGAAACGAUAUUAUAAGCUUAAAUGGUGUAUGAAGGCAUUUCGAUGUCAAGACUCUCUUACAUCGAUGAUGUAACUUUUAGUGAACCCAAUGAUUUAACUUCAACUAUUUAUUUGGUAGAAAAUGAUUUUUAUGUGUAAUUCCAGUUGAACAAAAUUGAAACUAGUACAUUAAAUUACUAAUUAAAAUAACACAAAAAUCGAAUUCAAAAAAUAGUAUAACAAAGACAUUAGAUAAUGGUUUUAACCUACUAAUCAAUUAAGACUGAUUCAUAACGACUUGAAACAGAAAUCAUACUUGAUCAACCCUAUCCAACCAAUAAUAUUCACUUUUAUUAAAAUCUUCUUUUCCUUUAGAACUAAUUUGAAUUAAAUGUAUUAAUUAAUGCUCGCAUUAAUUAGACAUAUCAAAUAUGUAAUACUUCAUUGUAAUUUUUUGAUUUUACUAAUUUAUUCUGCUAGUUUGAUUCGACCAAAAAAGUGAUAUAAUUUUAUAAAUAUUAAGCGUUAAGUGCGUUUAUUAAACCUAAAUUGAAGUAUUUAUACGUAAUUCCAAAAUACAAUUUGUUAACAAGAGAUAAAGUUUUCAACUGUUUUAGAAUGUUAUACGAUAAUAAUACUGAAGUGUAAACAUCCUAAGUCACUGCGUUGGUAAGAAUCAAAAAUAAUUGUUAAAAUAAGUAAUCAAUAUUAUUGGAUCAAUAUGCUUAGUUUCUUAAAAAUAGUACUUACAAUUUAUAUAGUAGUGAUAGUAAUGUUAAGGUAAGUAUCAUUAAAAAUUAAGAAUUUAAAAAUGAUUGUUUAUCAAGGCUUUAAAACAUGUAUUUUAAAGAUAAAUUUUAGUUAAAAGAGAUAAUAAAAGGAAACAUAUUAUUUUAGGAUGAAUCAUUUUUUUAUAUCUAUAAUUGCGAACAACAUAAAUUUUAAGUUUCCAUUAACUUAGAUUAAUAUCAAGUACUUGAAUCUAAAUCAUCCAUCUAUUUUGUGAACAGAAAUAAUAGUAAAGUAUUGAGAGGAGUUGAAUUUUCAACAGACUUUAUUUAAAACUUCAAAAUCAAAUUUAAUGAAACGAUUACAAGCUUUUAGCAAUUUUAAUAAAGUAUAGUAAUUUUUACAAACAGCUCUAAUUUGCCUUAUAUUAUAUUAAUGCCGUCUUAGCAAAUUUCCUUAGAGAAUUAUCUAUCAAAAAAUCUGUAUUAGCCUGGACCUAUUCUAUUCUAUUUUGAGUUCGGAAACUAAAGGAUUAUUCAAUAUGAAAAGAUUUUAGCAACCCAAAAUUACGAAAAUUUAGGAUUUUAUCAAUUCCCUGAUUCAUUAAUUAUUUCUAUUCAAACUAGUAAUAUAAUUGACCGUCACUUUAUAGUUGCGAUACAAAACUCAACUAGAUCUUUAAUUGUAGAUUAUUUAUACGAUUAAUAACUACAUCAAAUAUCAAAUUACACUUUUGAGGCCUAUUCAUUUUAUUAUCCUUUUAAGUACAAAAUAAAUAUCCAAAACAUAGCAAUUUUAAUUGAAUAAAAUAAUUCACUAUAUAUUGCCAUUUUUUAAUAUAAUGUAUCAAUGUCAUCAUUAAUUGAAAUUAUUUAAACUGAUGAUUCCUUUUUUUCAUUUGAUUCUGGUAGCUUAUUUUAUUCCUUUAAUAAAGUAUGGAGGUAUUCAUACUUAAAAACAUUUUUUGUGGAAUUAGAGAUAGAAAAACCUCAUUAAAAUGCUUUGUCUUCAAACUUUUCAAUAAAUUUAAAUGAGGGUCUUUAAUUACAGAUUUAAAUUGAAAAUCGAUGCUUUGAGUUGCAUUCUGUCAUGAAAUCAUCUAGAAUUGAAAUUUUUAAUAAAAAAAGUUUAAAAUUAAAUAUUUCCUAGAUUUUUUAUGGUCCAAUUAGUAAUUUGACACUCCUAAAUAAUUCAAACAUUAUUUUGAAGGGACCUUUUUAAUUUAAGUAGGCACUUGCAAUUUGUAUAGAAUAAACCUCAACAAUCUGCUUUAGAGAAUAUCAUUAUAAUAACAAAAGUUUUACAGUAUUGUUUAAGGAAAAUAAUAUGUUUGAUGUAAUUACAAGAUAUUCAUAAAAUGAUUAUUAUGUAACUUGGAUGAAAUAGUAAUAUUAUCUUUGUACUUCAUUCUUAUUUAGUUAAUUAAUUAUUGAAUUAAUUGAGUGUUCAGACAAUUAAAGUGGAGAUUGUAAAGUGGUCUCAAGAUUAGAUGACAAUUUCAAAAUUAAUUAUUUUAAUAUUGCAGACAUAAUAAGAGUUGGUAAUAUAUUAAGAAUCAAAGACAACAAGAAUAAAGCAUUUAUUUUUAUUGAUGAUAUCCAUUUUAAUAUAUAAAUGUUACCUGAUUUUAUAAUAGAUAUCUAAUAUAUUGAAAAAUCUAAUAAUUAAUAUCUCAUCCUAUAGAUUAAUGAAGAUUCAAAGGAUUUAGAAUUUUCUAUAUACUCGAUCAAUUUUCAUUAGAAAUAGUAGAUAUACUCAUUUUCAAUUAAUCAAAAAAAUUAUGCCGAUUUGAUAUAAAAAGGAAUGCUUGUUUAAAUGAAAUUAGUCUCAUGUAAAUAUUCUAGAGAUUUGCUUAAUAUUAAACUUCUCAUUGUGGGUUAAUCUUUUUCAUAACUAUUUUUACUAAAUUUAGAUUAAUAGAAGAAUUAAAUUGAAUUCUAACCAUAAGCCAAGUUUAGAAAUUCCAUCCUUUAAAAUGAUUUUGAAAUCGCAGAUUUUGUGAUUUAAUAUAUAGACGAUACUAUAUUGGUGUUAAAAUAAAAUGAGAAUAUUUUCUUUCAAUUUUAUGAAUUUGAAAAUGAAAGAAAGUUCUAUGACUAUUUUCAUAAAUCUUAAUUUUCAAUGUAAAUACUCAGAUUAAAUACUACUCAUUUAAUUUUCUAUGACCUUUUAUAGAUAUAAUUAGGAAAAAUUGAAUAUGAGUUAGAAAUAUAAAAUUGCGAUGAAAAUGAAUACAAUUUUUAAUUACUCGCCUAAAAUGAGAUAUCAAAUGAAAAAGUAUCCAUGUAAAUAAAGAUUAAUUAAAUUGAAACAAAUUAAUAGCUUAUGAAUAGUAUUUUAGGAGUUUAAAUAUCAUGCUUUGUUUUCAUACUUAUAUACACAAGAAAGAAUAAAUCUAAAUCUAGGAAUAGCAACCAAAGUAGUCGAUUAUGA